AUAACACGUUUGAAUUUGAGGUCCCUACCCGCGAGUUUGAGCUUUAGACUGUCAUCGCGUUAUAUAGAGCAUUUGUUAGAUGAGUGAGACACGCCAGACAUGGAUAGGAGACUAGCGUUGGCAGUAAUGUACAACAAAGUUGAUGAGGUGGAAAGUCUUUUGAAGUCAGGCGCUUCACCUGAUGCUUGUUGUGUUGAUCGAUGGCCUGUACUUGUGACAGCUUGUAUGAAUGGCUACAAUUCCAUUGUACAGAAUUUGUUGCAGAAAGGAGCAAAUGUUAACAAAACUGCUCCUAAUGGUUGCACUGCUUUAAUAUCUGCAGCAGUUCAUGGUGAUGAUUCACUAAUUGCUAUGUUAUUAUCAGCUAAUGCUGAUGGUAAUCUGAAGGAUGAACAACCUAAGGAGAUUCUGCACGGUGACAUCUGUCCAAGGAACAUCCUGGUUACAGCAACGAUGAGAGCCAAACUGGGUGAUCUAGGAGCUGCUCGUUUUCAAGAUGCUUCACUUUCGGUUGGUCUGCUCAGUCCACUAUACACACCUCCUGAAAGACUUGAUGUUCCAACUUUACCAAAAAGCAACAAGACCGACGUGUAUAGCAUGGGGGUGACCCCAUGUGAGCUCUUCACUUCUCUUCUACCAGAUCGUGAACAAAGGAUGGAUCAAGUCUUACUCAUCCGUCAAAUAGAUGUCUGCGCUUUAUGUAAGCACUUGAUGAGAGAUGAUCCUGCCACACGACCAACAGCAACAGAAGCCCGUCCUAUUAUUAGUCGUAUUCGCUAUACAGACGAGUAUAAAGCAUGUCCUCCUAAACAAAUGGUAAAGGGCAAGAUGGAUGGAAUAGCUGAUGUCACUCUCGUUUAGUCCAUUUGGUGAAGUUGACAUUUGAUUGAAGCAUGUGUUUGUUACUUGACACCAUUUAUAUGUUGUUACAAGGUAUUCACUUAGCAAUAGCAAUAUCUUUAGCUUUGAAGGAUCACAUUGUAUUUUGUUAUCUCAUUGGUCAAACAUUGUAGAACUAGCGUGUUUUAUUGUUUGAAGUUUGACAUUGUUAUUCAGUAUUUGUAGGUUUGAUGUGUAUCACCUAGUCACGUGACAUUAUAAUGUCAGAGCAUCUAG